AUGGAGAAUGAGCAAACACCUUCGUAUGCUAAGUUUUUGAAGGAUCUCUGUACAGUCAAAGGAAAAAUCAAUGUGCGGGAAAAAGCAUUCCUGACGGAACAAGUAAGUGCUAUCCUUCAAUUCAAGACCCCUCCAAAGUACAAGAACCCAAGAUGUCCUACAAUUACUUGCAUAAUUGGAAGCCAAAAAGUCGACCAAGCACUUCUUGACCUAGGGGCUAGUGUCAAUUUGUUGUCUUUCAGUGUCUAUCAACAGCUAGGGUUGGGAGAACUCAAGCCCACUAGGGUCACUCUUCAAUUAGCUAAACGAUCAAUAAAAGUUCCUCGCGGGAUUGUGGAGGAUGUCCUAAUCCAAGUGGACAAAUUGUAUUUCCCAGUGGACUUUAUUAUCUUAGAUACCCAGCCUCACCAGGGUCCUCAGUCGCCUAUUCCCGUUAUCCUAGGAAGACCAUUCCUUGCUACUUCGAAUGCUAUCAUCAAUUGUAGGAAUGGGAUCAUGAAACUAUCAUUUCGGAAUAUGAUGGUGGAGAUGAAUGUUUUCAAGGUAGUUAAGCAACCAAAUGACAAAAUGGAAUUGGAGGAAGUUGAUUUAAUCCAGACCUUAAGUGAAGAAUACUUUGAGAAGGCUCUUUAUGAGCAGGUUAUUUAUAAAUUAGAGAAGCAAACUUCGGAAGGGAUAGAGCCUGACGUUGAGUCAGCCAGGGUGAUCACACAAUUGAUGCUUGGCCUAGAGCCAUUGAAAUUACCUGGGAAUGAAAGGUCUGCCCACCCCAACUUGAGAGAAAACCAUUGCCGAAUCACCUUAAGUACGCAUUCUUAG